AUGGUGUCCGAGGUGAUGUUUUGCAGCCUCACAUACUGCGGCCGACCUGUGAGACUUGCAGACCUGAUGGAGGAGCAUCAGGAGGAGCUGGCCACUAUCGAGUCCAUUGAUUCAGGCGCUGUGUACACCCUGGCUCUCAAGACACAUGUGGGCAUGUCCAUCCAGACCUUUCGAUACUUUGCAGGCUGGUGCGACAAAAUCCAGGGCAAAACGAUCCCCAUCAACCAAGCCAGGCCCAACCGGAACCUGACCUUCACCAAGAGAGAACCUCUGGGAGUUUGUGCUAUAGUAAUCCCUUGGAAUUACCCUCUCAUGAUGCUAGCUUGGAAGAGUGCGGCUUGUCUUGCAACUGGAAACACAUUAGUUCUAAAACCUGCACAGGUGACACCUUUGACAGCGCUGAAGUUCGCUGAGCUUUCUGUGAAAGCUGGCAUCCCAAAAGGAGUCAUUAAUAUUCUGCCAGGCUCAGGUGGUAUGGUGGGACAACGUCUGUCUGACCACCCUGACAUUCGCAAGCUUGGCUUCACCGGCUCCACGCCGAUUGGCAAGCAGAUCAUGAAGAGCUGUGCACUCAGUAACCUAAAGAAGGUCUCUUUGGAGCUGGGAGGGAAAUCACCUCUGAUCAUCUUCAGUGACUGUGACAUGGACAAGGCUGUUCGCAUGGGUAUGGGCUCAGUGUUUUUCAACAAGGGUGAGAACUGCAUUGCUGCUGGACGUCUGUUUGUGGAGGAGUCAAUACAUGAUGAGUUCAUCAGCCGAGUGGUGAAGGAGAUCAAGAAGAUGAAGAUUGGAGAUCCUCUGGAUCGCUCCACAGACCACGGCCCACAGAACCACAGAGCCCACCUGGAAAAACUCCUGGAGUACUGCGAGAUGGGAGUGAAGGAGGGAGCCAUACUGCUGUAUGGCGGCAAACAGGUUGACAGACCAGGUUUCUUCAUGGAGCCAACUGUCUUCACUGAUGUGGAAGACCACAUGUUCAUUGCCAAAGAGGAGUCCUUUGGUCCCAUCAUGGUUGUGUCCAAGUUCAAAGAUGGCGAUGUGGAUGGUGUCCUGCAGAGAGCCAAUGACUCAGAGUAUGGCUUGGCCUCAGGUGUGUUUACCCGUGACAUUAACAAGGCCAUGUAUGUAAGCGAAAGGCUAGAGGCGGGAACCGUGUUCAUCAAUACGUACAACAAGACUGACGUUGCUUCACCUUUUGGAGGAUUCAAACAAUCUGGCUUCGGAAAAGACCUUGGAGAAGACGCCCUCCUGGAAUACCUCAGGACCAAAUCAGUGACUGUGGAGUACUGAGGCUCACACUGAACACAUUCACACCUCCAGCUUUCAGAGCGCUUCAGAACAAUGUGGAGGGAUUUCCAGUCACAACUCCUGCACCAGCAACUGGACAAC